UGCUCGGGACAAUCGUAGCCAUCGUGAGUAACCCUAUGUGUGUAAUGUACUCGAUUCGCUUCUGAUCGUUACGACCAUCCUCAGUACGAAAUCGGAUGCUGCGUCGGUGCUAUCGCCACGGCCAUUGUUGGAGAACGACUCGGACGACGCAAGUGUAUCGGGAUCGGUUCCAUCUUCAUGCUGGCAGGAGCCGGUAUCCAGGCCGGCGUCUCUAGCACCGGUCCCAUGAUCGCUGGACGCAUCGUCUCUGGACUCGGGAUGGGUUUCAUCAACUCGACCUGCCCCGUCAUCUUGGCCGAGGCGGCACCCUCCGCUACUCGAGGCAGGUUCCUCGCCGCCCAGCUCUCUUGCCUCAACUUUGGUAUCUUCCUGGCCUACUGGGUCGGCUUCGGAUUCUCCUACGUCUCUGGCUCGGUCGCCUGGCGGGUCCCCAUCGCGCUCCAGUGCGCUUUCAUUGUUCCCAUCGGACUCCUCACCUUGAUCGUCCCUGAGUCCUCUCGAUGGUUGGCCGCUCACGGCAAGGAGGAAGAAUCGUUGCGAUCGAUCUCGAGGCUUAUGGGCAGGGAUAUUUCGGACAUUGCCGUUCGACAACAGUACGAGGAGAUCAUGGGUACCGUCGAGUUGGAGCAAGCUAUCGGUACUGGCAGCUGGAAGGCUUUGUUCAAGGACGACGACCUACAAAACCGAAAGCGAUUCUUGAUCGCGUGCGGAAUCCAGAUCAUGCAGCAGUUGGGCGGAAUCAACGGUAUCAUCUAUUACUCUGGAACCCUGCUUCUGACGACCGGUUUGAGCAACUACGGCGCCAGUCUCGUUUCCGGAAUCCUCUUCACCUGGUUCUUCCUAGCCUCCUUCAUCCCCUGGUUCCUGAUCGACUCUGUUGGACGACGAAGACUUUUGCUGGUUUGCAUCUCGCUCAUGGCUGCUUGUUUCGCCGCCGAAGCCGGUCUCAUCUGGAAAGUCGAGAGCGGAAAUGGCAAGGCUGCUGGUAUCGGUGCUGUUGCCGUCUUGUUCGUCUACAUGGGACUGUUCACCACCGGUUUCCAAGCGGUCGUUUGGGUAUACCCCUCCGAGAUCCUCAGUCUGAAGUACCGACAGAAGGGAAGCUCGAUCUCCACCGCUUGCAACUGGAUUAUCAACUACAUGAUCGUUCAGAUCACUCCUAUCGCCCUCGUCAGCAUCCACUACAAGUACUACAUCAUCUUUGCCGUGAUCAACGCCAGUUUCGUUCCCAUCAUCUACAUGUUCUUCCCUGAAACCAAGGGACUCACGUUGGAAGCCGUCGACGCCAUCUUCUCUCGAAGUGGUAUCGCCCCGGCUGGUACUCACGCCGAGCCCUCGCUCUCUUACCCGGAUGGUGACCUCAAGGCAGAGGCCGAUCACGUUGAUUUCGAGACCACCAAGUAGAGAAGCCUGUCGCGCAUGAUCGGCACACCAUUGAAGGGAGUCAGGAAGCGUUCUUGUUGCACAGUAGGAAGCAAUCCGGUUGUAAAGAAUAUUACUCAGCCGUAGUUCUAGUCUUUUGUUUCUCAGCAUUAUUAUUGUACGUGACAAGACAUUAGGAAAAUGACGAUAGAUAGUCGAUGCUGUU